GUUGCCGUAAAUCGUGGUUAUCGUAGAAGCCAGAAGCCACGGCUAAGUAAACACCGAGAAAAGCGUUCACACUGACACGUUUUUGUCUCAUUUUGUGAGUGUUUUUUUGGUAGCGGUUCUCUAAAAAUGGCUGAAAAAUUCGACAAUCUCGAAGAGCAUCUGGAGAAAUUUAUUGAGAAUAUUCGACAGAUGGGAAUUAUCGUCAGCGAAUUCCAGACUAGCAGCCAAGCAGGACUCAACCAAAAGCUAAACUUCAUGAUUUCUGGACUGCAGGACAUCGAGAAGUGCCGCCAGCAGCUCCAUGAGAUCAACGUGCCGCUUGAAGUGUUUGAAUACAUUGACCAAGGCCGAAAUCCUCAGCUGUACACCAAGGAGUGUCUUGAGAGAGCCUUGGCGAGGAACGAACAGGUCAAAGGGAAGAUCGACACAAUGACGAAAUUCAAGAGCCUUCUAAUCUCAGAACUCAGCAAAGUCUUUCCCGAGGAGAUGGCCAAAUAUAAAGCGAUACACGGUGAAGAUGGCCCCUCCUAGUGACACCGCAGUACUGUGACCCCUGACCUUCAACCUGUGACUCUUGAAAUGGAGGCCUAAAUGGAGCACUGCAAGGCAGGAUCCUCUUUGUUUUCCAGCAAAAUAUGAAAACAUUAUUUCUCUCAAAAUGUCCUGCAGCUGUUGCUGACUGACGUAAAUUGGAUUAUUUCUUUUUAACUCAUCCUUGACAGUUUAUUUUCUCUACAUUUCUAAAUUACAUUUAAAGAAAAAUAAGUGUUCCAAGUCAAAUGAAAUUUAUUUUCAACAUGUUUAAAGUAACUUGUUUGGCUGUGUAGUGUCACGUCUUGCGCAGGGUUUUGCAUCACCAGGAGUCAAUUUUGUUUUGUUCAUGUUGACGCAUGAUUGCACGAGUUAGUAGCUGAUUAUUUCUACACCUUGUAACUGUGCAGAAGAUAUCUAACAGUUUUGGGAGUUGAGACGCCUGGCUGAAUUUGUAUUGAGGAAUUUUCUCCGUCAGUUGUACAUACUCCGAUAUUUAUACUUUUUUGUAAUGCGUCCGAGUGAUUGGGCAACAUAUAUUUGUAUCAUGUUUCAUAACACUUUGUAUCAGACUCAGGUUUGUAACAGCCAUAUUAGUAACUGAAUGGGAAGGUUAUGGACAGGUUCAUAAGUAUUUGGACAGUGAGAUAUUUUGGGGUUGUGCGUUUGUCUCUGUAAUGGAGCUGACAUCAAACAGCUACGAUGGGCUGGCAGUGAUGACUUUCAGCUUGAAUUCAAGGGGUUUAACAAAUGUCACCGCAGCCAUUUAGGAAUUGCAGCCAUUUGUAUCUGCAGCCAAUAAAUAAUGAAACAAAUUGAAUAGAAGUAUUAUUGUGAAUACAAAUCAGCCAGUUUUCUUUGGAAAUAUUAGGGGACAGCUACAUAAACAUUUCCAAGUCACUGACUUUUUAAGACAUACAAAUGUUGUAUAUCUGUCUGCAGUAAGCAGUUCUCAAAAACUAAGUGACUGCAAUAAGGAGACUAGUGAGAGUAGCCACCAAGCCCCCCCCCCCCCCCCCCCAAGGCAACUCUGAAGGUGUUACAAGCUCCUGCAACUGUGAUUGGAGAUGCUGGGAAGAGUGAAACCUUUGUCUGUUACAUAACUUCAUGGUGAAGCUACUCACACGAGGAGCAGCUUGGGGUUAAGGACCUCGUCCAGGUCACCUUUGUGUUUUACUUGUCUGACGUGGAAUCAAACUGAGAAUUCUCUGGUGUCGAACCCACAGUAAAGCUCUGGACCUUUACCUCCUUUUAUUUGUUAAUGGUUGAAACAAUACGAAUGACAUCCAAGACACAUUCAGUGGCUUGGAAAUGUGCAUGUAUCCAUCUUUUGAAGCAUUGAAAGAAAACACUGUAAAAGUAAUGAUUUAUAACAAGAAUCCUAAAAUACUAAAGCUGUGUAGAAAAAUGGCUGUAAUCACUAAAUCGUUAUGAUAUUUUUGUUAAACCCCUUGAAGUAAAGUUGAAAGUCUGCACUACAAGCCACAGUUUGUUUCAUUGUGACUCCCAUCAGGGCGUUUUUGCCUCUGUAUAAUUUGUACAGAGGCAAAAUUACAAACUUCUCCCUGUCCAACUGCAUUUGAAGGUAAUUAUUGUGCCUCGCCACUUGACAAGAACCUGGUGUGUUCUCUUAUUUGUAAAGUGUAAUUUUGUUAAUAAAUGAUCCUCACUGGAGUGU